CCCGCCCCGCACGGCGGCUUGUUUUCCUCGCCAUGACGCGGGAACAGGACGAGAAAUACCUAAACAAUGGACUCUCUCCGCGAUCCUACUGAGGUGGAUGACGGCCCUACCCUGACACCUGGAGGGCCAGCUGACGACGAAGACGACGGCGGUGGUGGUGAGGGAGGAGAGGAGGAAGUUGGGGAGAGCUGUGGCAGUGGUGGUGGUGGUGGUGGUGGAGAGGAGGGAGUUGGGGAGAGCGGUGGCAGUGGUGGUGGUGGUGGUGGAGAGGAAGACCAGACCCCAGCCAAUGAGCUGCAGGAAGUGGUGGAGACCAGCACCAAUGUGGAGGAGGGGAGCGAGGUGCCUGUGAUGGAGGGGCAGGUGAAGGAGGAGGAGGAGGGGGGCCAGGUGGAGGAAAGCAGCCAGCCACCAGAGGAACAAGACAUGUCCGAGGUGAAGGAGGAGGAGCUGGUGGAGGAGGACCUGCCUGUGGUGAAGGACGACCAGCAGGUGGUGGUGGACGGGGCCCAGGUGGUGGUGGAUGGGGGCCAAGUGGUGAUGGAGGAGGCCAGGGAGGUGAUGGAGGGCACUCAGGUGGUGAUGGAGGGCACCCAGGUGGUGAUGGAGGGUACCCAGGUGGUGAUGGAGGGUACCCAGGUGGUGAUGGAGGGCAGCCAGCUGGUGAUGGAGGGGUCAGAGGUGGUGAUGGAGGAGGCGCCGGUGGCCAUGGAGGAGGGGGGGGUGCUGGUGGAGGGGCCGGAGGGGUUGAGCUUCGACACAGCCAUGUUGGAGGAGAGCGUCAAGAACGGCGGCGAGGCCAGUGGUGGUGGUGGUGCGUCCCCCUCAGGCGGCCUGGUGAUGGUGAAGCAGGAGGACCUGCAGGACACACGCUACGGCCACAACCAGCAAAUCCUGGGCCUGAUGGGUGGCCCGGGUGUGGAGGGGGAGGAGGAGGCGGCAGGGGGCCAGGACAAGCUGCUGCUGGACAGCCUGGUCAGCGAGGCCAUGCAGUCCCCACCGCGGCCCGGCCUGGACAACAUCGUGGUCACCACCAGCACCAUCGGCGGCCAUGCCCCCACACUGGUGCGGAGCACACCUAUCCAUGCUGCUGCCGGCCCCACCAGGAUUGUGGUGCAGACCAACCAGAGCACCACCCCUAAGGCCAGCCCGGGCCACUUUCUCAUCCAAGUGGGCGGCGCUGCUGUGCCUGUGGCCCCCCCCGCCACCGUCAUUGCCCCAGCCACCACAUCGCCCUCCAAGAACCACAUCGUAAUCCGGGCAGGGCACAACCAAGCCCCGGCCGUCAGCCCCGUGGCAGCCCCGAAGGAGGAGCCUGGCAGCCCUGGGGCGGCAGGCAGUAUCUUCAAGGUGAUCAUCCCUGAAGGCACCACCAAGUACACAAAGGCCGCCACGCCGCCCGCCGCUGACAAGCACGAGCCUGUCAGGAAGCACGUCCAGAUCAACCUGUCCGACGGCAGCAGUGCCAAGCGCCCGCGGCGCUACGUGUCCCACACUGCUCAGACCUCCCCCGCCGCCCAGCCCAAGCCACAGCCACCACCCGCCAACCCCAAGAAACUCUACGAGUGCCCAACCUGCAACAGCAAGUUCAUGCGCCCGCUGUACCUCAGGAAGCACAUGAGAGGCUGCAAGAAGGAGGAGGUGAAGGUGGAGAAGUCGCCGCUCUUCAUGUGCUCCUUCUGCAAGAUGACCUUCAAGACGCGGCCGCAGAUCUCGCACCAUUUCCUCAAGUGUUUCCACAGCCCUACCAAGAAGCCCCAGGCCGGAGUCAAGCGGAAGAGCGACGGCCAGCCAUCAUCCGUCGCAGCCAAGCGGGGACGAUCGGAAGACCCUGACAUUGACCCACUGCUAGAACAGGCCGUGCAGUUCAGGUGUCAGGACUGUGACCGCACAUUCAACAAGGAACGUCAGUACACCAGUCACAUCAAGCGUUGCACCAAAGUCUCCGUGCAUGACCUGACCGGCCCGCGCACCGAGGCCAAGGGCGAGGAUGAUGACGAUGACCCAGAGUCGCAAGAGGACCCCUUCGCCGACCCAGACCCCUUGCCCCCACCCCCCCGGAGAAGCAGGGGGCCGGGGCGUCGGGGCAGGCCUCCGGGGCGGGGGAAUAAUAAUGCCGCCAUGCCCCGCACCCCCACCAAGCCAUCCAACCAGCUCUUCGACGGGGAGUACCCGGUUGGCACGUCACGCGGCCUGAUGGUGGCGGACAACGAGGGUCUGGUCCGCAGCACGACUGGCCUGGCCCACACCGUACAGCUGACCCUGGAGACGGCCAGCCAGGAGGGGCAGCCACAGCCCUCGGCCCUGGUGGCUGACUCAAAGGGUGUGAGAGGUAGGGAGCGCCCCCCCCAGGCCUGGUCGCUGGUGUGUGCCCUGUGCCAAAAGAUGUUCAUCACCAAGGCGGCGCUGGCACACCACGUCAUGGCGGAGCACGGGGCCGACCUCAUACACUCACGCAGCAUCCUGGAGGGCAAGAUAAAGAACAGCCAGCCGCUCUCAAGGUGUCCAGUGUGCAGCCUCAACUACCAGUCAGAGGACCAGUUUGUGGAGCACAUGGUCCUGCAGCACACUGCCCGCCUUCAGGAGACCUUCACGCGCCUGCAGGGGGAGACCUCCACCUACGUGUGUUCGCUGUGCUCGCUGGUCCUGCUCACCAAGAACCUGCUAGUGGAACACAUGAGCCUGGUGCACCUGGAGGAGCUGGAGGCCCAGGCGCGCGGGGACACCCACGUCGAGAUAGCCUCCAAGGUGCCCGGCCGCCCCAAGGUGCAGCCAGCGCCCACCCUCCGGGACAGGAGUGCCACCACCGCUGCUGCCACCGAAGGGGAAGGCGCGAAAGAGGUAAAAAGGGAGCAGGAGGUGAAGAUGGAGCCGGGUGAAGAGUCCUCCCUGGAGUGUGGCUUCUGUGGGGAGGAGCUCGCCAACCAGGAGGAGAUGGUGGAGCACUACAUCGAGAGUCACGGGGUGGAGACGGAUGAGGACGGGUGCCUGCUGGACCUGGGAAUCGAUGUGGAUGUGCGGGUGAAAGACACCAAGGGGCUGCUGCAGCUGGCGGAUGGCCGGAUGAACGACACAGUGCCCGCCAAGACCGUGCUGCUGCGGAAGAAACCAAGGCAGAGCUGGCAGUGCAAGGAGUGCCAACAGGUGUUCUCGAAGCACUUUGACUUCCUGCGGCACACUCGGGAGGUCUGCACAGAGGUCAGCCAAAGCAACAAGCCCACCGUCUCGCGCGGGGGGAACUUCAAGUGCCAGGAGCCGGGGUGCAGCCACCUCUCCUUCUACCAGGUCAAGCUGCUGUUCAAACACAUGGAGGAGGUGCACAAGAUCGUGGUGCCGAGGGAGUUCAAGACCUUCCGCAGCCUCUCCCUCUUCUACAAGUGGCUGACGGGAGAGGAGCAGAAGUACAACGUCCGCUACAUCCGCGACACCACACGCAUCGAGAAGAACGACAUGAAGCUCAUCCAAAUGGUCUGCCACCGCUUCCACACGGCCAAGAUUGACCAGUCCAAGGAGAAGAAGGAGGGUGAGGGCGACGCUGAUUCCCCCAGCAAGAAGCGUCGCUGGUUCGUCCGUAUCCAGCGGUCGAGCAACUGCCACGCGCGGAUCCACCUCAAGGUACAAUACAACCCCUUGACGCAGGACUACGACGGGGAGACGCACAUGGUCUACUACCCCCAGCACACCCACACGGACGGCGACCACCCGCAGGACCUCAUGAACCGCAUCAUGGAGCGGCACUCUCGUUCCAACUACCUCUCUCGUAACGGCAAUCGGAAACGCCUCCCGACACACCCGAGCCCAGGGCGCCGCACGCCAGCCAGUGCCGCAGGAGGGCCGGGCGAGGCAGAUGACAAUGAGGAGGAGGAGGAAGAAGACAUGGAAGAGGAGGAGAUACCACAGGAGGAGGGAGCCUUAGCCAUGGACCAGUACAUGAAGGAGUUCUGCCAGACACAGUUGGCCGGGGUGUCCGAGGUCGACGGUUCGGCCUUAGUUGUGUCAUCCUCCGCUGGCCCUGCUCACCGACAACCACCACAGCAGCCGCCACAGCAGGAGCAGGCACAGCAGCAGGGGGAGGUGUUACUUGGGGAGGAGGCUGUGUUUGGGGAGGGGGGUGGACAGGCGGUGCUGGUGGAGGGUGGAGAACCAGGGACAUAUGUGGUGCAGGAGGCUGAGGAUGGGGAGGAGGUGGAGCAGCGUGGGGACGGGGCCACGGAGGAGUAUGUGCUGCCGGCGGAUGAGGACGAGUGGACCAAGCUGUUUGAGGUGCUGCGGCUGCGUCUCAUGACCUCGGAGUUGACAGCGCAAGAGAAGGGCGAUGGGGAGGCCUUCUCGCACAGAAUGUGAUCUCAGAUUCUGCCCUCCGAGCAGGUCACCAUCUUCCAGCAGCUGUGUGUCCUGACCAACACUGCGAUUGCCACUGCUGACUAGAGCACUUGCUGAUUACUGCUGACUCUCUCUCUCUUCCUCUGUCUCUCUUGUUCCUUUCUUUUUGUCAGUUUUCUUUUUCCUCCUCCUCAACUUAUUCGUUCUCCGUUUCUCUUCCUUCUCUUCUAAUGCAUUCCUUUUUUUCUCCUCCUCCUCCUCUUUAUCCUCUCUCUCUGUCCCUGUUUCUCCCUUUCUGUUCCUUCCUUCUUGUUGAUCUUCUUAAUCCUCUUUCUCAUCUCAUUUGUUUUUCUUUUCCUUUUCUAAUGCAUUCUUUUUCCUCCUCUUCCUCCUACUCCUGUUCCUUCUUGUUUGUUUUCCAUUUCUUUUCCUUCUCUUCUAACUUGUUCCCUUAUUUCUCCUUCCCCUCCUCCUCCUCUUCCUACUUUUCUUUCUCUGAUCUCUAUCGAAUCUUCUUAUAUCACACCACAUACCUCUCCCUUCUCUCCCUUUCUCCCUCUUCUUAUAUCACACCACAUACCUCUCCCUUCUCUCCCUUUCUCCCUCUCCCUUUCUCUUCAUAUCUCACCAUUAACAUUGAGAGCUUAACCCUUGACCCUCUGUUCCCUUCUCUUCCCCUCUUCUUCCCCCUUAAAGACACACUAACAACCCAGCUAUUUCCUCUGUGCACACUAUCAAGAAACAAUAAUAAUGAUGUUAAUACUAAUGGCGGUAAUAUAUUGCAAGGCCUCCUUUUUGAUUCACUGCACAAGACUCACUCACUUGUUCAUUCUCUUUGCUUGCUUGUUGCCUUGCUUUCCUUCCUUCCUUCCUUUUUCUUUCCUCUUUUCUCUACCUUUCUCCUUUUCAUUAUUUUCUUCGUCUUUCUUCCCUCUCUUCUUCCUUUUUUCUUCAUCAUUUAUCUUUCCCUUCUUAUCUUCCUCCUCCUCCUCUUCCAUCACUUCUCUAUCAUCCCUUCAGUUCAUAAUCGCUUUCCUUCUCUCCUCUUCCUCCUCCUCCUCCUAUUCUCUCUUCCUUCUUUGUCCCUCCCUCAUUCCUCUUUCCCUUCUUAUCUUCCUUCUCCUCUUUGCCACGUAUCACUUUCUUUGUCCUUUUUUUUCCCCCUCCUCCUCCUCUGCCUCCAUUGUACACAGUAGGCCUAAGCUCAACAGAAAUGUCUCGCUGGUUUGAGAGAGAAAAAAAAAUGUAAAUAAAAGGAGGAUCAUAUUUUUUUACGCGCAUCCCAGCCGGAAGUGUUGACCUGGGCUUGGACUGUGAGAGCGAGGACGUAGGUAGUGUGACGACAGACCGAACAUGCCGUAUUAAUGCCCCGUAUUAUCCCCGUGUUUGUUACUGCUGUUACUGUUAUUACCGUUUUUAUUUUUAUUUUAUUUUUUCUUGGUGUUUUUCGUAGCAGUGUGUGUGUGUGUGUGUGUGUUUGUAUGCUCCUUUCCGCUCGGCAUUUGUUACAUCUACUACUAUUAUAAUUUUUUUGGUUGUGUGUUUGACAGCUUGUAUGUGAUGCUCCAAUUGGCAUUCAGAUUGCAAGGAGAAGAAUGAAUCCUUGAAUUUUCACUGUCGCAUUUCCAGAGUUUAGGUUCAUGCCUUCUGUGAGUCACCAUUCACUUCUCACCCCUUGAAUUAGAUACCGUCAGAUUCAGCAAAGACAUUAGCAAGAAUUGGUUUACUAACAGAGUGGUGGGUGAGUAGAGCAGGCUUGUCAGUCAUCUAGUGAGUGCCGGUGUGAGACAAUAAAAAUGAAAGUACAUAAAUUCGUGGAUGUUGAUGUUAGGUUGGGUUAGGUUCACAGGAGCAGCCUUGUAUAGCCUUCCGGCCUCUUGCAGACUCCUUAAGUUCUUGUGUUCUUGUAUCUGUUAACUAAAAAAAUAUGUAAUCUGAAAAACAUACCUGGUAUUUUUUUCUUCAUUUUUUUCUUUUCCCUGAUACUAGUCUUAAUUUGGGAUGAUAGUACAAAUUGAUAUCCUUUCCACUUAUCCCCUUUUUUUAUCCCUUUUAACUAUAUCUUAUCUGUCAACUGGAGAACAUACUUGGUAAUCAGUUCUUCUCUCAUUUCUUCUCUUUUUUCUCUGGUACGAGUCUUAAAUCAUGAUACCACACACAAAUCAUGUAAUCAAACACACACUCAAACACACACACUUUUUUUUUUUGUUUUUUUUUUUUUUUUUUUAGUGUUCUCUCUGCCUCCCCGUUCCCUAUCCUCCUCCUCCUCCUCCUCCUCCCGCACGCUCGGUCUCGGUCUCGGUCUCGCCAUUGUGUACAUAGUCUUGUUGUUGAUGAUAAGUUGGUUUGUACGUACCUCUUAGUGAUCCCAGGAGUGGCUGCGGCGGUGGUGGGGCCGGGCAGCCACUCCAUCUACACACACAUACACUUAUUAUUAAAUUUAUUCUCUUGUUCAUUUCAUUUAUUUAUUUUUUAUUUAUUUAUUUUUUUAUUUUUUUAUUUUACUUUUUGCUUUUUUUCAUGUUUUCAUCCAUGCCCAGCGGUUUAGUCAAGGUCGUUCGUCGUCGGUGAAAAACAAAACACGAAACCAUAGAUGUAAUUUUUUCAUGUCAGGAGAAAUAAAAGGAGAUGAGUUCCAUGUGUUGAUUGACUGACUGAUUGUUCUUGCUUUAUUAUUAUUAUUGUUAUUAUUAUUAUUAUGUUUGGGCACCACACGGAGGAUAUUGAAUGCUACACACACACACACACACACACACACACACACACACAAGAUGAUUGCCACAUUGCACACACCAUCCAUUCCUUCCUUCCAACUCCCACACACUCAAGUUAAGAUAAAUACUCCCGUCAAAAUGCCCUGCCCGGCCCCCAGAAGACAGUGAAUAAUUAAUUGAUAUGUCCGAUUAUAUAAUAAAUCAAGCCAUAAUUAAAGUAGUAUCCAUAUAUGAGUUAUCUCCUUGAGCCAUCCCUUUAAAGAACUUCAAAUCUCCAUCAUUCAGUUUAUUUCAUUUAUUUUAUUUCUUUAUUUUUUUUCUUAAACUUGCCUUCCAUAAAAUUGUUGAAAUCACCAUAGAUUCCUUAAUCUAAUCCACGAAAGAAGUUUAAAUCUCACAAACUGCUUCAAUUUAUUUAUUUAUUUUUAUUUAUUUAUUUAUUUUUUUACUUAUUUUUUUUACCUAGCAAGAAAAAAAUGUUGAAAUCGCCAAUUUUUUCCAGCAGUUUUUUCUUAAUCUAGACUUUCAAAGAAUUAAAAUCGUUAACUCCAUGUCAUUUUUUUCCCCUUUAAAGUUGGCUUUCCAAAAAUUGUUAAAAUCACCAACUCAGUCCUUCAUUUUCUUCCCUAACUGUGAAUACUUCUUAAAAACGUUCUUUCAAAAUCAUUAAAAUCACUAACUCCACCCAUGAAUUUUUUCCCCUAAGUGAGAGGACUCCUUCAACUAGGCGAGAAAAAAUCAUCAAAACCACCAACACCACCCAUCACUUCUUCCCUAAAUACACGUACUAAUUCAAAUGCAAAAAUUAUUAAAAUCAACGAAUUAGAAUCACAAACUCAUCGGUCUUUUCCCUUAGACAUGCGUACUAAAUGGAACGGUGUGUGCAGAAUGGCGAACACCCCCCACUACACCCCCACCAACCCACCCCAUGUGUACAUAACAGACCCCAGACCCCAGACCCCAUCAUGCCCUCCCUUCGCCCGGCCACACACGUCCGGCUGUCUGUUGGUCCCGGGGGCGGCAACGUCAUGCAAACACUGUAAAUAUGUGUUCCCAGUGCCACUCUUCCUUUCUUAGCUUCUCUGAGUAUUGAGGCGGUCUGGGUAUGUUGAAUGACCUGCACCGGCCAUUCCAAGCAGUUGGGGAUAAGAAACUACUGUUGGAACAUUGGUGUAAAGAUUAUCUACACCACUUUUGAUUUGUGUUGAGUAAUAGUCUAUUCCUUUGCAAUGGAGGAGUGAAAGGAAGGGAGAGUAAAGAUGAUAGUCAGGCCACCCGGCACAGAUAUCGUUAUCCUGCAACUCGGGCUUAGUAAUGGGUGGAGAGAGAAUGGGAAAUGUUCUUGUGUAGGGUGUUUCUGCUGAUUCCUCUGUACUGUAUCUGUUGAGGUUCGUAUCAGGAAAAGAUCGACCUGGGAUUUUUGAGACAAGGCAAAAAAAUGAACUGUACAUUUUUGAGACAAGGCAAAAAAAUGAACUGUACAUAUCUUUGGACUAGUGCCAUACUUGUUCAACUGUGGCAAGUGAAGUGAUUGAAAGUAAACACAACUAUAUCAUGUAAAUACACAAACUAUAUGAAAGGACAAAAAUCUGGUAAAUGUUGAAAAUAGCCGUAAAGUUAUCUCAUGAAAACCAAAAAAAACACAGUGCAUAAGUGAUGGAGAUAAAGAAGAGAUACACAGCUGAUAACAAGUGACUACAGAAAGAAAUUGGUACAGGAAAACCUUGUAAAAGUUGAAAAAGUGUUACUUAAACCAGAUACAACACAGUACAAACGUAACUGAAGGAGGCGAACCAAAACCCAGAAAGCCUGUACAGUGUCUUUUAGUCUUCAUUUAUCAUAGUUUAAGUUAUCUAAUGUAAGCAGAAGCAACACCUAUAUUUUCCUGAUGUUAGUGAUAAUAUUUACCGUUCUCAGCGUGUUGAUUUUUUUUCCUCAUCUCAAAUUUUUCCUGAUGCAAAUAUAACUGGUUCACUUUCUCAUUUUGUCAGUUUAUUUGUCUAAUAAAUUUUUGGGAGGUAAUAUUGUAAAAAAAAGUUGCCUUUCUCUUAUUUUUGCUUUAUUUUUGGGCCUAAUUUUUUUGGGGGGAAGGUGUUAUUGAGCUAAAACUUCACUGUAAAGAAUGGCUGCCUUUCUCUUUUUCAUUUUUACUUUAUUUUUGGGCCUAAUCUCUAUUUUGGGAAGGUGUUAUUGAGCUAAAACUUCACAGUAAAGAAUGGCUGCCUUUCUCUUUUUCAUUUUUACUUUAUUUUUGGGCCUAAUCUCUAUUUUGGGAAGGUGUUAUUGAGCUAAAACUUCACUGUUAAGAAUGGCUGCCUUUCUCUUUUUCAUUUUUACUUUAUUUUUGGGCCUAAUCUUUUUUGGGGGAAGGUGUUAUUGAGCUAAAACUUCACUGUUAAGAAUGGCUGCCUUUCUCUUUUUCAUUUUUACUUUAUUUUUGGGCCUAAUCUUUUUUGGGGGAAGGUGUUAUUGAGCUAAAACUUCACUGUUAAGAAUGGCUGCCUUUCUCUUUUUCAUUUUUACUUUAUUUUUGGGCCUAAUCUUUUUUGGGGGAAGGUGUUAUUGAGCUAAAACUUCACUGUUAAGAAUGGCUGCCUUUCUCCUUUUCAUUUUUACUUUAUUUUGGGGCUAAUCUUUAUUUUGGGAAGGUGUUACUGAGCUAAAAGUGCACUGUAAGGAAUAAUAGCCUGUCCCUUUUUCAUAUUUAUUUUAUUUUUUGGUCUAAUCUCUAUUUUGGGAAGGCAUUAUUAAGCUAAAACUUCACUGUAAAAAAAUGUGGCCUUUCCCUUUUCAUUUUGUCAGUAUUUUCAUGCCUCGUCUCAGCUUUCGGGAGGAGUUAUUUCCCUGGUGCAAAUGCUGAUGGGAAGGUGCAUUGAAAUCAGCUGGAAUAACACCCACACACACACCUUCUUAACCUGGGCCAUCACACCCUUCACCCAUCGCCCAACCAGGAACAUCGCAGGGGCAGUCGUGACAGUCUUGAUUGAGUACCUGAAGCCAGUGCUCUUGUGUAUUUUAAGUCUUAUUAUUGUACUACUACUGCUACUAUGACUACUACUACUACCACUAUCACUACUACUACUACCACUACCAGUACGGCGGGCCCUGCGUUGGCCGCCCUCUGUUGUAUAGCUGUAAAGACUAAAAAAAAAGAUUAUGACGUUCUAUUUGCCUCUUCAGUACCUGCAAUGAAGUAUCGAUGCCAGAAGA